CGGCCGGCGGUCAGCGGUGGACUGUCCUGUCAUGAAAGCAGGUCAUUCUGUAGUGUCCGCUACGUUCUAGCCACGUGCCUUUUCUCCCCAAGACCGCUACAAAACGAGCUUUCUUUCAACACCAAAGUAGUCGUGUGUACUUUCAGCAAGGUGCCUUAGUUCUGGUGCUUAGUGCAUCUGUAUGCCAAGUUGGCGCGAAUUUUGAGGGUAUAAUAGAGAAACUUUCGAGUGUUUGUGCUGCCAUUUUUCUCGGGCCGCCACGCCGGGAGAACAACGAUCAACAACGGUCAGAAACUUGCAGUCUUCUCAGGUCAAGGACUGCCUGGGUAAAGGUAAAGGGGGGACUCGUGAUCGGUCUCUGUGCUGGGACAGAACAGACCAUAAUCUCUACCAACAACUGUAGAAACUUAUAACUAAGUUUUGUUGAAAAUUUGCGGAGCUAGAACUGUACUGAAGCGAUGGGAGACGACAUCUGGGUGAAACGGGCGAGCUGGCGGGGCCCGACCGCGGACUCCCACGGGGACGGCUACGGGCCUCUCCCGGACAAGCCGGGGCGAAUCGACGGGACUAACGGUACCGCCAACGGUGCGGUAAAGGAGGACGGUUCGGAAGACUCCGUCAACUUGAAGAAGAAGAUUACCCUCGUCAACGGGAUUUGUUUGAUAGUGGGUAACAUCAUUGGAUCCGGGAUUUUCGUGUCGCCGAAGGGUGUUCUUGUCGAGGUGGGCUCGGUGGGACUAUCGCUGGUUAUCUGGGCGGCGUGUGGCGCCUUCUCUGUGGUCGGAGCGCUGUGCUACGCGGAACUCGGGACCUCGAUCCCCAAGUCUGGGGCCAGUUAUGCCUACAUCUUGGAGGCCUUUGGACCUCUGCUGGCGUUCCUGCGACUGUGGGUGUCCGUACUGAUCAUAGAGCCCACCUCACAGGCAGUUAUAGCGCUAACAUUCGCACAGUACCUGAUCCAGCCGUUCUUCCCCACAUGUGAGGCUCCCAACGCAGCGGUCAGACUGUUGGCUACAGCGUGUGUAGCCAUCAUCACAUUUGUGAACUGUGCGUAUGUCCGAUGGGGGACCAGAGUACAGGAUAUCUUCACCUAUGCCAAGCUGGUGGCCCUUGUAGUUAUCAUCAUCACAGGCCUUGUACACAUGGGAUAUGGUGAAGUCGCACCAUUCCAGAACUCAUUUGAGGGCACCACGGCCAACGUUGGUGGGAUUGCCCUAGCACUCUACUCAGGGCUUUUUGCAUACGCAGGAUGGGACACAUUGAACUAUGCAACGGAAGAGCUCCGGGACCCUUACAGAAACCUACCUCGUGCCAUCUGGAUCUCCCUGCCCAUUGUGUCCAUCAUCUACAUCCUGACCAACAUCUCCUACUACACCAUCCUGUCUACAACAGAAGUGCUGGAGUCAGAUGCUGUAGCUGUGUCCUUUGCAAACAGGUCCCUUGGUGUGAUGGCUUGGUGUAUCCCCAUUGCUGUGGCCAUGUCUACAUUUGGAGGCUUGAAUUCAUCCAUCUUUGCUGCAGCCAGGUUAUUUUUUGUGGGUGCUCGUGAGGGACACCUACCAGACCUGCUGGCCAUGGUACACAUCACUAGGUACACGCCUGUCCCAGCAGUCAUGUUUAAUGGUUUCAUGGCGAUCUGUUACCUGACGUCAGACGAUGUGUUCACACUGAUUAACUACUACAGCUUCAUGUACUGGCUAACAGUGGGGCUGUCUGUAGCAGCACUGCUGUGGCUAAGGUAUAAGAGACCAGACAUGCACAGACCCAUCAAGGUGAACCUGUUCUUCCCCAUCUCGUUCCUGGUCGCCUGUGUGUUCCUGGUGGUUGUUCCCUUCUAUUCCGACACUGUCAACUCCCUCAUAGGGACCGGCAUUGCUGCCACAGGCCUCCCUGUGUACUAUGUGGGUGUCUACAUGAAGAAAAGGCCUCUUUGGUUGACAAACUUUGUUGAUACUGUGACCAGAGGAUGUCAGAAGGUGAUGAUGUCCAUCCUGCCUGAUGCUGAUGUUCAGCAACAGAUGAUAGAGGAGGCUGGGUAGGGACGGAUAUCUGGCGAUGUCAACAACUUACCUGAUGAUCGCUACACAACUUUCAAGUGUUGUAUUGUGAUUUUUGUUAGCCAGGAGACUGUCGUAGGGGUGGGGGCUAUGGGUACUUCUUGUUAUACUGUUGUGGUAACUUUACCAACUGCCAGAUAGCAUUGUCGCACAUAGGAAUCUGUGUUAAGAAAAACACUGUGUGUACACUAUGUACAGUUAAUGACCUAAGUGCCCCAAGACCUAUUGACUACUUCAUAUUGAAGGGUGCUGACAUGCCUUCUACAUGUACCAUUAGGACCUGCCAGAAUCACAUUUAUGGGUGCUUCAUCUUUGUAAUAUCUUGAGACUAGUAGACCACUCAAUAGGCCAUAGUACACUUUUCAGUACUGUCAAAGUGUGUGAAAUCUACCUCCUAUACACUAGCUACUGCAACAUGCAGAGAUCCAUUCCCUAUACGUCUGGAUGGGUAAAUAUGGAAAUGGUGGGGUUUGUCAAUGUACUGUCAAUCCAUCUAGUCUUCCAGGUUGUCUAAUUACUGAUUCUAGAGUAAUCCUCUGUGUGAAAAUCUUCUAGUGCACUGGUUAUGUAAAAUUCUAUCUGGAACUGGGUUGAAUUAUGUCAAAGUUAGUAGAUAACUACCAUUUAUUGCCACUGUAUUUACUGUAUAAAAAGUGCAGAGUGUAUUUUAUGUGUAGUUAUUUGGAAGAGUAGGACAAGGAAAGAACUAGGAUCUGAGAGUGCUCUAAGAAAUGUAAAGCAGAAACCUGUAUCAGACUAUAUACUAGAGAAUUGUUGCUCCAGCUAAAUCACAACCAAACUAGUUACUACAAGCACACAGUCUGUCAAGAAAGAUACAGUUUUACUCUUUUAGAUGUUUUUAAACCAGAUCAUAUAUAUUUGUACAGCAGUGGAACUAUUUAUUGUACUUCCAUCCGUGUCAGAAAUGCUUGUUGAAGUGAUUGUCAACAUAAACAAGAAGUCUUUGACAAAUCAGAGGAAUGAACAUAUGCUUUAAUUGUGACUUGGAAAUCUUGUACACCAAAAAGUCUUAUAGUAAUCUGUGCAUCUUAUACAAUUUACCACUUGGUGUUCUUCAUCUUAUUGUGUUCUAAAAUCUUGAUUAUCUUAAGAAACACUCUCAAAACAGUGACAACAGUUACCAAUUGGAAUGUUUGAAAUAUGAUAUUUCAAUUAUCUCAGAGAUUUAUGAACUUGAAAUAAGUUAUAUAAGUCACCCUUUUAUAACCUGGGGGUUAUAGCCAAAGGAUCACUAAAAUCAUUUACCAGUAGAUCCUGAUGUUAUUGAUAUUUCUGUACAUUUAUCUUUCUUUUUUCUUGAUGAUUGUGACCUUAGGUAUCUUUUGUUUUAGAAAUAAUGGACUUUGUCCAGGAGAUAAACAUGUUAACUUUAACAGAUGGCAUUAUAUUUUCCAAAGCAUGAGUGUUGCUGCUGUGUUAACUUAUGAUGCCAAAAAAUAUCACGGAGUUCUUUCUUAGAGAACAGUCUUCUUUCAAAUGGAAGCGUUAACUCAAUCACAAUAAGAAAUGUUUCUAAAGCUUUUGAUGCAAAAGAAAGUACCUGGCUCUGCCCUGAAUUUUAACUUGUACAUUUCCUAUUUUUACCCUUUGAGGUACACUGAUAUUACAUUUAAGUUUUCUUUAAUGAUUUUGUUGUAGUAGUCACUUUUGUAGAAUAAAUAAUGACUAUGAAGUUUAUUUGAAUAUUGUAGCUAUCAUUCUGGAAUUAGUUUUGACAAUUUAGAGCAUUGAACUUGAAGUAAGAUGGUGUUUUAGCUUGGAAUAGAAUGACCAGACAAAAUGUAAAGGUUUUCUUUCAUGAUAUUUUGUGUGGUCAAUGAGACAAGUGCUUUAUGAAGUAAAUGAUACUAUUUGAAAUCCCUUGAAA